GCUUUUUCCCAGUCUAGCUAAAACUCCUCCAUCUUCUCUCGAAUUCUUGCCGAGCAAUUCUUCUUCGUUCAUUGUCGCGUGGAUUGCAUCUAUUAGCGUUUAGAUAAGGAUUGGCAAUGGAAGAAGAAGCAGGAAACGGAGGGUCUCGUAAACGCAUGAAGCCAUCUGAUGAAGAGGAAAAAAGAGAUUUGGGAGAUGGAAUAGGCCUGGAUGCAACUGAGAAUGAAGAAACUGAGACGAAAAUUGUUGCUUCUGAUGAGAUGGAACUUAACAUUGCUCAGAUUCUCGAAAAGAUUGAGAACUUCACACAAACUGUUUCUAAUCUGCUAGACACAGGAAAGACAAUGUUUAAGGAACUCAGCAACGAAUUUGAAGAACGCUUGAUCAUGAUACACAAGGAGCAUGUUGAGAAAUGGCAGGAGGAGAUCAAGGAAUUGCGUUUGCUUGAUGCGUCAAACGAGGAGACUACUUCCCUCUUACACAAUGCACGCUUCCUGAUUCAGAAUCCUAACAUUGAGCCUUGAGGUAACUAUUUAAAACCCACAAAGAAAAGUGGUACUAUCACCCAGAUAUAAGAACAUACUAUAUAUGUGUAUUGGCCUUAGACCAACAUGUAUAUCAGUUGGAAAGUUUAGACUUUCACGAUUUAGAAGUUACAUCAUGUCCUGAACGAAACGUAGAACAAUCCUAUCAUUAAACGUGAAACAACUUGUUUUCUUUAUGUAAGAUUAUGAGGUUAAUAUACGAUGACUCUCCUAAAUGGAACUUCAC